UCCAGUCCAGUCCAGUCCAGUCCAGUCCUCGAAAUACCAUAUGCCUCUAAAGGAACAUGUUGUUUACUUGUGGUUUCGUUGCUCUGCUGGUGAUAACGCCUAACCCGUUCUAUGCGAGACGUAAAGUUCAAGCUCCGACGAAGCUUGAUGUCUUUAUUAAGGUUUAUUUUAGAAAUGUGUCAAUUGCGCUUCACCUGCUGGGAUCAAUUGGUUACUUAUCAUCCACCGUCUUAAAAUAUGGUUAGGUUCAUACAUGAUUAAUUAAUAGGAAGGGAAUUUUUAUCACCGGCGAACAAUCAGCUAUCGAAGGUAUGGUCACCAUCUGUGAUAAACAUACAGUACAACUGGAAAAAAAAUUAUAUUUCAUCGAUGCAAGCAUCUGGCUAAAUCAGCUGAGGGCAGAAAAAUGUAAGCAGAAUCUAAAUUAGUGGAAGGUUAGUACAGCGUGAUAUCCUGUCACAAACCAAAUGAGAACAGCCCAUGUGGAUAUUUGGCAUUUUUACCUCGCGGAAAAUACCACCCAAAUUAAUUCUAAAGUGAUAUAUUAUGGAAAAUGAUAUGUGUUGAGAAAAAUAUAUAUCUUCGUAUAAUUUUCCGAUAUCACCACUUUUCUGGAGUUCCUCGAUAAAAUUUUUAUAUCCCGUUCAAAAAUUCAAAAGUUUGUUUUCAUUGUAGUUUUUAUUCAUAAAGAAGCGUCUUCAUAAAAAAAGUGUUAAGCUGUCUCUUCGUAUUUAUAUAUUUUGAUUUCAAUUUCGGUUUCUGCUCAAAAGCCCCUCGUCUGACUAUUAAAUUGUAGCGACCGAUUGAAAGGUUGAGCUCUUCACAGAGUGAAAAAAACAACAUCACAUAUUCAUGUUUUUAAAAUCAUUUUUGACUGCGUCUAUGAAUUAAUUUGAUAUUGGGUGAAGCCUUCGUAAUAAGAUUCUGUGAAGGUGAAGUUCAAGGUGAUCUUUUGCGUGAAUUACUCAUUACUGAAAAUACAAUAAUUAGAUACAUUCAGGAAAUCGCAGGUGUCGAUAUUUUUUGGUCUGUGGCUGAAAGAUAAAAAUAAAUAUAUUAGAAAUUACCUUCUAUUCAGCUUUGGCUUAAAUCUCUCAAAAUUAAAAGUUAAAUUGUAUUGUAGAUUCGUUUUUUAUUUUAAGUGAUUACAAUAAACAGGAAUUAAAUACCUAACAAUUACCGCUAGCAUUUUAGUCUUUUUGUGGGCAUGAAACUAAAAUAAACCGCGUUUACUGUAUGACAUAUUUAAAAAAAAAAACGGCUUGUUAUCCCUACAUCUUUCUUGAACAUUCCUAGACGGUCAGCACUUCUUUGAUCUUCUUUGAGUUGUUAUGUUCGAAGGAAACCCCGAUACGAAACCUUUGACCUUCUUUAGAUGAUGCGAUAAAUGGGCAAUGGCCUCACCAGACGACAGACAGACAGCACUCGUCCUACAAUGCACUUGUACUGUCCUGUUCAGAAAUACUUUUUUUCAGUAUGUGUCAAAUAAGAGCGAGGUUAAUGAGGUGUUUUCUCAAAAAAAUACCUUUAAACAAUGCACACGCUUUAUUUCAAACACAAUUUAAUAACAAAUAAAUUGCUGUGCCAUUAGCGAUUUACAUUACAGUUAAAUGUUAUGGUAGGAUUCUAUGCAUAAAAAUAGUUUACGAGCUAUCAUAUUUUGAUAUUUCAGUCGAUAAUUAAGAAGCUAAUGGCCUCUUCUAAUCUUGUUGAGUUAAGUAUUUUCAGAUAUGUAUUUUCGCUGAACAUCCCACACACGACAAUACCCCACUGCUAGAAAAAUCUAGUGAGGUUGGUCGUGUUUUUAUUCUCAAGUUUGUCUGAAAUCAUCUAAGAGACGAGCAGUCGAACCUCUGAGGUGGAAAACUGUGAGUUUGAGUCCAAACCUGUUCUUCUAACACCUCUACAAUGUAAGUUUGCGUUGACACGAGUUGAGUCUGAUUGUUACAGCUAUAACAUUUAACACCGUGACUGAAGUAAGCUUUGUUUAAAUCCUUUUCGACGCGCACGGUAAAUUAACGGCAGAUAGACAUAUCCACUCUCAUAUCGCAGUUGUUUACCUUCAAAAACUGUACAAAUUUGCCUUGAUCUUGCAAGUGUUGGAUAACCAAACCGUCGUACAUUUUUUGUUUUUGUUAUUAUUAUGGUAGACCUCAGAAAUGAAACUAUUGUCUAACGCUUGUACGACUCCCUUAUGUCAAUUUAAUAACAUGUGUGUCUUGAGCGGUAUUGACAUUGUAAUCGAUUAUAUGUAUUUUUUUACUGCCUGUAGGCCAAAUGCAGUAAAAGUACAAACUGAUGGAAACUUUGGAAAUUAUUAAGUUGAUAGAUAUAUAUUCUAAAAGACGGGUAAAAUAAGGUUUUAAAUGUCAGACGAGCGGGAAUUUUCGGCCAACUAACUUGACCAACAUCAUAAGUUAUCAGUGCUCUGUUUCAACAGCAUCUUCACAUCCUAGUCAAUCCGGCCGUAAAGCUUCUCUUUACACUUGACAAUUUCUAGCUCACCUUGCGUCUUGAUACUAUUGAGUUUCAUGCUUUGAAGUCAUACCGUUCCGUGCCUAGUCUCCCCGCAGCCGUGAUGUUUCGGUCACGCAACGCUCCCUCAGAGAGGGAGCGUUGCGUGACCGAAACAUCACCGCUGCAGGGAGACUAUUUCAUCUGACUUGUCAAUCACCGUUUAUGACAAAUCAAGUCAUUUUCCUGUUUGCAUUUCAUUGAUUACGCGACUGUUAGUAGCUUCAACGAGUCAAGUCAGAUACUUCGUAAAAAUAGGUGGGAAACUUCAAGCAAUUUAAGCCUCAAUUUUAGCCUUUUUAAUGAAAUGUUUUGCGUAAUCUUUAUAACUAUUUCUAACAUUUAUAUGCUAGCUUUUCAUGAGCAUAUAGAGGUCCAUCAAUACAUUGUUACCAGGAUGUUAAUUUUGAUUUUCUAGUGACAUUCUGUUUGAGAGUACCAUACUAUUGCAGCUCAAAUUCAUAACUUUAUCACUAAGAAUGAAAGCACAUAAAACUUAAAAGUCAAGUUAUUAUUGAUCAUCAUCAUUCGAAAACGCUACGAAUUUUAAAUUUAAUGAUAUUGAAUCAAGCAAAUAAAGGAUUGGUUACUUUCACCACGCUCCCAGACGCAAUUGUUGAGAAAUUUGUAUCGUAAUUGGUGUUCCAGAGAUGACAGUCUGUGAAUGGCACGUUCCAACCCUGAUCUCCAAGAUUACCGUCCAUAAAAAUUGGAAGGUCGUAAAACGGCAGCUAAAAAGCAGAAUCUUCGGAGAUUCUGUAUGUUUUUUAUACACGCGGCUGUAGAUAUUGCAGAUUAUGUUUCAGUAGCGACAAAGCCACAUUACAGUUAAAGAUCUCACGUUCCUGGCACGAUCUCUGCAAUUUGCUCUUUAUCUGAUGAGUGAAGAUUGCCAUCCUUGUGGCAAGAAGAUCGUUACCAGCCUGGAUCGUAAUGAGAUUUCGUGAUACACCUUAGCACUCGGGUUAAGUUAUCGCUUCACGAAAAGAAAAAGCAAGUGCUUAUUCAUUCGUCUGCUUAAAAGAUUUAAAUCAUGAUUCCAGUGCGUCGAUUUAUGAGAUUUUUGGUUCCACCAAGCAAGAAUUCGCGCGUUGUUUGCCAGAGGAAAGUGAGACGUGGGCACAAUCAUCGCUGACUACCGGAACACUCUAUAUGACCAAAGGCAUUUUAGUGUUUGAAAUCGAUACUCAAAUCAAGAGUGUUUGCAGGUUAUCACGUUUACAGAACAAAAGGUCAAACUUUAUUGACAUGUGUGUGCAUUAAAGUUUCCAGUGUCGAACGAACACCGUUCCACGUUUUUGAUACGAUUCAGCGCAUUGCUUUAAAUCUCCAGGUAAAACAAUUUACUGGUGCGUUGGGCAGUAUCAAGAAGGGAAGAGUAACUAGGGAUUCACGGAUAGCCGGUUAAGGUACGGGGUGGCUGUAAUACCGUUUAUCGACUUCAUCAUCUUCAGCAGCAUGCAGAUGUCAAACCGCAGCACUGACAUCCCGCCCAUAGUCCUCACAACAGAUAAUGUUUAUACUGAGGUCCCAAGAACUCCGCUUGUGAUAACAUUGGCGUUUCUUUCAUUUGGCACUGUCCUCGGGAACUGCGUGGUAUGCUUCGCCAUCUACAAUCAUCCUGCCUUGCGUCACGUGACCUACUUGUCAAUUUUCAGCCUGGCAAUCGCGGACUCUUUAGCAGGCCUGGUUGCCAUUCCAAGUUAUAUCUUGAAAAAGUUUACAUGGGAUGAACCAACGCAGACAAUUGUAUGCGAUAUUUUUCGUUCGUCAUAUUUCCUGACGGGUUAUGCUUCCAUUCUAAGUUUAUCAGUCAUCAGCGUAGAGCGCCUGAUCGCAGUAAGAAAUCCGCUGAACCAUAUAACUAUUGUCUCACGUCGUCGAGUAGUCCUGGCACUGGUCUUUGCCUGGGUGGACGCCCUACUGGUUUCAUCCCUUCCUUUUUUCCCAUGGGAACAAGAUAAUCCCUAUAAGGAAUGCACCUACAGUCCGACUCACUGGUGGAGCAUCAUGGUCAUUAUAACCAAUGUAAUGACUCCAUUUCUUGUCAUUGUAAUUUGCUACAGUUUCAUGUAUCUAACAGCACAAUCCCACGUCAAGAAAAUGUCACAGAGUAGUAGGCAGCUAUCACACAAUAAUAAAAAUGCCGCCAAGAAUCACAAGGAACGCCGAGCAAACAUUACCAUAAUGAUCGUCAUUGGCGUCUUUGUGGUGUGCUGGUUUCCAUCUUGUUUUUAUUACUUCCUUCAGAAAACUUGCCCGGAAUGCUUUCCUGAAACAUUCAAAGCCAAACAGAGUCUUGUUAAUGCACUGGUAAAGGUUCUGACUUUUGCAUCGUCCUUUGUGAAUCCCAUAAUUUAUUGCUGGAGAAGUCGUGAGUUUAGAAGCGUAUUUCUAAAGAUUUGCCGCCGAAAGAAACGCAACUUUUCCAACUCAUUCUCCAGUUAUUUUAACAUUCGCAGCUCACGAAAAAACAGUAGUAAUCAGAAAAGGCCUCGACGUUCUACGAUAGAAGAAGUGGUUGUUAACAAUGAAGUUCUAGAAUUACUAGCAAAGAGCAAAUCAAGUGCUGUGUAAAACAUUUUACUUGAAAACAAUAAUUUCCGGUUGAUCAGUCAGUUGUAUCAAGCCAGAAACCUAAAUAGCGGUUAAUUAGCAACUAUUCACUGAAGUGGAAGCAGCUAGCUAGUGGUGGAUACUAGCCAAGCCACGAAGCGGCGAGGUUAAUAUCCACGGUUAGCUACCAAUGCUGAGGUGAAUAGUUGUUUCAGUAUAACUUUUAUAAAACAGUGAGAUAAAACAACACAAGGAGAGGAUUUUGAUUCA